GGGCCAAAUCGUGGAUCUUUCAUGCAAGGGCCAUCGACCAGGAACGUCAGGGUAGAGCGGCAAUGGCGACAAGUGGGAGAGUCAAUCACCCAGAUGUUCAGCCGAGUCUUCUUGGAAAUGGAGUCUUUACACGACCUAUACCGAGAGGAGCCCGUCGACAUCUAUUGCCUUCACUAUGUCUUCCUUCCCUACCUCAAUCACGUCAUAUCAUACUAUGUUGACGGUUGGAAUCACCACGGGAUGUCAAAUCGAGGUUUGGGUGGGCUGAGUCCUAUCCAAAUGUGGUACCGAGGUGCGUUGUUACCCUUCCGAAGCCCUACUCAGCCUACGCAGGCCAAUUGA